UUGCAAACCUCAAAGCAAUGACAAACAGCUGGCUCCUUUUAACCAGAGCAAUGUGUGGAGGGUGGAGGCACAGAAGUCACUGGCUGCUCUCUUGCAUAGACUUCCAGCCUGGGUGUUGCUACUUUUUCUUCUCUGGGUCUGGAUCCUGAUCAUUCUGAUGAAGAGUCUCAGCACAGAAACCUGGACCGCGGUCAUUUAUCCUGGGGCUGACUGUAAUCUGCAGCUUGGUUUUUAGGGGGACCAAUGGAGGACCAAAACUUCACAGGCCCCCCAAUAGGGGAAAGGUCAGAAGAAACAGGUGAUGGCCCUCAUGACUUUCAGGGGACUGCACUCUGCAAUGAUCCUGAAGCACUCUUGGCUAAUUCUAAGCAAGACCCCAGAGGCCAGCCAUCAACAAAAGAGAGGGCUUUGAGGUACUUUACUAGGCUUCUUGGAACAGAGAGAAGAUAUAGAUGCUCAGUGUGUGACAAAACCUUCAGGAGGUGCCCACAGCUUACUAGACAUCUAAGAACCCACACAGGAGAGACACUCUAUAGGUGUUCUGUGUGUGGAAAGACCUUCAGGCGGCACCUAAAGCUUACUAUACACCAAAGAAAUCAUAAAGGAGUGGAACCAUAUAAAUGCUUGGAGUGUGGAAAGAGAUUUCCUCAAAUCAGAAAACUUAUUGCCCAUUCAGGAUCCCACAGAAGGGAAAAGCCAUAUUCAUGCUCGCAGUGUGGAAAAACCUUUGCUCGGAAAGAUCAUCUUAAUGCACAUCAGAGAACCCACACAGGGGAAAAACCAUAUUCAUGCUCACAUUGUGAAAAAAGCUUUGCUCAGCAAAUUGUUCUUAUUAAACAUGAAAGAACUCACACAGGAGAAAAGCCCUACACAUGCUCACACUGUGGGAAAAGCUUUGCUGAGAAACAUCAUCUUAUUGGACAUGAAAGAACCCACACAGGAGAAAAGCCCUACACAUGCUCACACUGUGGGAAAAGCUUUGCUAUGAAAAAUUUUCUUACAGUACAUCAAAGAACCCACACAGGAGAAAAGCCUUACACAUGCUCACAGUGUGGAAAAAGCUUUGCUCAGCAAACUGAUCUUAUUAGACAUGAAAGAACUCACACAGGAGAAAAGCCCUACACAUGCUCACACUGUGGGAAAAACUUUACUCGGAAACAACAUCUUACUGCACAUCAAAGAAUCCAUGAAGUGAAGAAACCAUAGAAAUGCUUGGAAGAUGAAGAGAGUUUCUGUCAUUAAUCAAUCCACCAUGCAUAUGAAAGAAACCCUUGAAGAGAGACUUUUUUUUUUUAACAAAUGCUUACAUUCUAGAAAGAGCUUUGAUGAUGAUGUUUCCUUAAUGACAGGAUACAAUGAACAAUACAAAUAGAAGAGGAAAUGUAACUAUCUGGAGUGUAGAAAGAGCUUCAGUCACAACACAUACUGCUUUCAACUUCAAGAAAUCUACACAUGUAAAAUUUCAGUCUUGUCCCAAUGUAAUUAUGUCCUUUGAGUGUUCUUCAUUUCUGAGCUGUGUGAUCCAGCAUUUUUCAGUGGCUUCUCAAUGAAGAGCUCCCUGGUGGUUUUAAUCGUGUCUUUUAUUGUGCUGGGCUCAAUGUUUUUAAGUGCUUUGAUUAAGAAGGGGGAGAAAUGUGAUCUGAAGCUUUUCCUAUUGAUGGAGUAAUUGCAGUAAUCAUCUUCUGAUGCAUCCGAGAAUUCAGCUGCAGUGGAACAGAAAUGUUAGCUGCUUUUUAGAGGUUUUUUUUAAAAAAAUAGCAGUAUUGUCAUGCAUUUUCUGUGCUUACUAAUAAAGUUGGAUUAUUUUUCUCA